AUGGAUGGAGGAGGAUACUUCCGUGGCACGUCAGCCGAACAAGAUAAUCGAUUCUCUGACAAGGAGAAGAAGUUGCUGAAAGUAAUGAAGUUCCCAGCGCACUUUAAUCAAAAAGUAGAUAAGACUAAAGUCAACUUGCCUUCCUUUAGAAAGUGGAUAACCAAAGAGCUUGAGGAGGUCCUCUCAUACGACGACGAUGUACUCGUUGACUAUAUCAUAGAACUACUCGAAGGUGCAUCACCUGAUCCCAAGACUAUACAGAUCAAAAUAACAGGAUUCCUCGCAGAACACACUGAUGGGUUCAUGGACAAGCUGUGGCGACUACUGCUGGAGGCUCAGAGCACAGUGUCAGGCAUACCGGAUGAGUUCCUAAAGGAUGUGGAACUGAUGUCGGCAAGUGUGGCGGCAGAGGAGAACAGAAUUCAAGAGGGUAUCAGUCGAGCACAACAAAAGAUGGGUAACAUGAGUCGUGUGGACACACGCUUCGAUCAACAACAAUCACAGGCGACUGCAGCGACUGCACCACUACUGCCUGCUCCCGCGCCCGAAGCAGCGCCCGUCCCAACGACGGUCGUUGUUCAGAAGGGCUUUUCAGAUAUGCCUCCACCUGUCCCCGUGACUGCCAAUACCAAUGUCGUGUACGGCCUCAACGUCAAGCCUCGAGGUGGCGGUGGAGAAGAAGGUGAUAAUGAUAUUGAUAACAAAGAGAGGAAGUACAGACGUUUUGAUGUUGUUGAACGACCCCAUGCCAACGAUGUUCCUUCCACCUCCACAGCAGCAGUUGCCCCCGCCUCCGAUGAAGGCAGUCAGCGACUGUCAAGCGAACAUCAACAUGAAGAGCAUCCUAGAGACGAACGCUACAGAAGCGAAAGAGACAGAGAGAGAUAUCGCGAUGACUAUGAACGCAGAGAUCGCGACCGAGACAGAGAGCGCGACAGAGAGAGGCUCUAUCAUGGAGGUGAGCGAGAUAGACGCGACCGAUACCGCGACGAAUAUGACAGACGCGACCGUUAUCACGACGACUAUGAUCGCGAUAGACGCGAUCGAUACCACGAGGAGUAUGAUCGUGAUAGACGUGACAGAGACAGAGGUGGAUACGAGCGCGAGAGAUAUCAUUCCAGUAGCAGUAGCAGGGACGAAAGGUAUCGCGCCGAGGAGUAUGAUAGGCGGGAAAGCAGACAUCAUCGUGAUGACGAUAGACACCGCGAGAGAGAUGACUAUGAUCGAAGAGAUAGGAGGAAAUAG